AUGGUUCAUGGGAAGAAGCUGGCUGAGGAGACGCUGCUGCCUUCUGUGCUGGAAGACAGUGAUGCAGAGACAGAAAGUGAGAAGCUACAGCUGGGGAAGGUAGGAAGUCAACCAUCUAGCCAACUCUGAAAACUCUAAAAUAAAGGGUAAGAAAGACAAGUGAAAACAGCCUCUGGUACAGGAGGUUACUCCAGCCCUGACAGAAACGUGCUAGACGGAGGUGAAAGAGAGGGUGAAGAGGAGGAAGAGGAGGAGGAGGAGGAGGAGACUGAAGAGGAGGAGCUGAGAGGAGAGGAGUAUGUGAUCUCUGAAGAAUAUGACACAGAUUUGGAGCUUGGAGAUAAGGAGGAGGCAUAUGACCCCACAGGGCAGACGAGCUACAUGGAGGCGUGUGAAAUGUUACAGGUAGUGCCUGUCUCAUAUUUCCUGCAGCAUAUGCAAAACAGCGAGUUGGCCAUGAUGCAUCAAGGUCUGGGGCCUCAGGGUACCAAAGCACUGGCGGUUCCCCUGGUAACCAACACUUCAAUACUGAGGCUGAACCUGCGAGAUAAUUGGAUGGAAGGAAUGGGUGGAGCUGCUAUCGCCGAGAUGUUAAAGGAAAAUUGUUACAUUACAGAGGUGGACCUAUCAGACAACAGGCUUGGGGAUUAUGGUGCCAAAGCCAUAGCCGGGAUGCUUAAGGAGAAUGGAACCCUGGUCAGCCUCAACCUAUCAGGAAAUCAUUUCACAGAUCAGGCAGCUGAGCACCUCAAGCUGGCCCUCAUCACCAACACCAAGCUGCAGCAUCUCAACCUCAGCUACAACGCUCUUGGAGAGCGUGCAGGGCAACUCCUCGGGGACGCUGUGUCAGAAAACACAGGGUUAAGAUCAUUAAGUCUGGCCUGGAACUGCAUUCGAGGGAGAGGAGCAGUGAUGUUGGCCAACGGACUUGGGGCAAACAUUUUCCUCAGAAGUGUGGAUCUGUCAUAUAACGGCUUUGGGAAAGAAGGAGCCAUUGCUUUAGGACAGGCUCUUAAAGAGAACAAUGUUUUGGAGGAGUUGAAUGUGAGUAACAAUCGAAUACCCCCUGAUGGAGCCGUCCGCCUCGCCAUGGGCCUCAAAGUAAACAAGACAAUCAAAUCCCUGAAUAUGGGUAGGAACCCCAUCCAGAACGCUGGGUGCUACGGGAUCCUCAAAUCUGUGCAGGAAAACCCAGAUUCAGCCAUGGAGACAUUAAACUUCUCUGACAUCACAGUGAACCAGGAUUUUGAAGACUUGUAUACAAGAGUAAAAGAAAUGUUCCCUGCGCUUCAAGUAAAUCACGGGGGCAGAAUUGGCACAUUCAGAAAAGCAAAAGCCUGA